AAUGGCGGUGAGAGCAAGGAUCAUUUUGAUUUGAAACGACUCAAAUGUGAUGAUUAUGGAAUUCCUCAAGAUAUUAGCAAAAGAUACUUUGUCUUUGCUCAAAGGAAGUUCCAAGACCCACCCAGCCAUCUUAGUCAUAUCCCUCCAUGGAUGAUUCGACAUUUCGAAUAUGCCGUGCAAUUAUCAAUGGAUUUUGUCAAUGACCUUAAGUUCAAGCGGAUGAAGGAGCUCCGAAAGUCGCAACGAGAACUUCCAAUCGCCGAAAGAAAGCAAGAGAUAUUGGAGCUUUUACGUGAUGUUCCCCAAUAUCUUCUUCAAAAUGGUUACGCUGGUAUAGCUUGUACACAACCUCGUCGAAUCGCUUGUACCGCAUUAGCUCGUCGAGUUGCUUACGAAACGCUCAAUGCAUACGGAAGUGAAGUAGCUUAUCAAAUACGGUUUGAGACCACAAAAUCUAAGCGUACAAAAAUGCUCUUUUUGACCGAAGGCUUACUGCUCCGUCAGAUGGAGAACGAUUCUCUCCUUCAGCAGUAUAAUGUCGUAAUACUUGAUGAGGUUCAUGAGCGUCAUUUGAGUAGUGAUUUGCUGAUUGGGCUCCUCCGUGAUUUGAUUGGAAAGCGAGAUGAUCUGAAAAGCCAUCUCAUGUCUUCGCCUGCAUCAACUUGA